AUGGCUCGACGACUUAUCACCUUCGCGGCCCUCGUGUCUGUUGUCACAGGACAGUCAGGUGGUAUACAGAGAGGUCUCCAAUAUGGCGAGAACUGGACACCCACGACCAAGGACUCUGACCUCGUCUCCGCCAACUUUCCCGAUGUCAACAUUACUCUCCGAUCACCGGCAUUUCUGAAUCCCGACAAGGUUCCUGGUCGGUUCUCAAACGGCACGGAGGGACCUACUGACGAUAUUGAACUCGAUUACUUUAUCCGAAAUCUAGCUCGGAAGCAUGACUGGAUGACUUAUGAACUAGCGACUUUCGAAUCCGAAGAAGGCCGUGCGAUUCCAUACGUCUUCCUCUCUCUGCCAAGCACCAACUCGAGCAGUGACAAACUCCGCGUGUAUCUCCAAGCUGCAAUCCACGGGAAUGAGCCCGCUGCUGAUGAGUCCGUCCUUGCCUUCUUGGGAAAGAUGGAUGCCGAGCCUUCAUGGGCCAAGUCGAUCUUGGAGAAGAUGGACAUCAAGAUCCUUCCUAGGUAUAAUGUUGAUGGCGUUGCAUACUUCCAGAGACAGUUGGCGUCAAAUCUCGAUCCUAACCGGGAGCAUCUCAAGCUCAUGCGUGGUCAAUCAAGACAGAUUAAACGAAUCGUCAGUGAAUGGAACCCUCAUAUAGGGCUCGAUAUGCACGAAUUCACUGCGCCUACAAUCUACGGCGGCCACUACCAACACGGAGCUGACUCUCUUUUAUCCGGCGGCAUCAACCCCAACAUUGAUCCCAAGAUCCGCGAGCAGUUGCUCGAUUUCUUCAUCCCAGCUGUAGGAGAGGAACUUGAGUCUCACGGCCUCCGGUGGGAGCCGUAUGUUACUGGGCCUUCCAAUCGCACUGAGGGCUCACGCAUUCGCUUCACGGAAGCUGUGACUGAGGCACGCACUGGUCGCAAUGCCGUUGGAUUGACACAGACGAUUUCAUUUUUACUUGAGAUGCGGGGCAUUCGUAUUGCCAAUCAACACUUCCAGCGUCGUGUUGCGACUGCUCUUAUCAAGAUCCAGACCAUUCUUGAGUUAGCGAGAGAUAACGCCGAGAAGGUCAAGUCGAUUGUAGAAGAUGCUCGUGAGGAUUUUAUCAACAGCGAUGAAGAUAUUGUCAUCACAGAUUCCUACGUUCCGGAGAACAGGACAUUUACCAUGGUUGAUACUCGCAACGGUAGCGUCGUACAGGUACCGAUCGACUUCCAGCGGACUACCCCAUCAAUUGCGAAUCUUACCAGGUCCAGACCCGAAGCUUAUAUCAUUCCGCGAACCUGGUCUGACGUCGCCGAGAGACUCGAAAUCUUAGGGCUGAAAGUUGAGAGGAUGAACUAUGAGUUUAGACGAACCUUGCAAACCUUGACGAUUGAGACUUCCGUUGUUGAACCUGAGCUGUAUGAAGGCACGUAUCUCAACACGGUCACUACCAACUCAACCACUCGAGAAGUCGUGCUGCCGGUAGGGAGUUACUACGUUAGUACGAGGCAACAAAAUGCGGCGUUGGCAUUUAUCGCUCUCGAGCCGGAGAAUAUUGACAGCUAUGUCAAGUUCAACAUCAUUCCGGUGGAAGCGGGCAUGGAGUAUCCUGUAUUUAGAAUCCCGCGGGAAUGA